AUGAAGAGCAUGAAGAUCAACAACAACAAAUAUGAAAGCUUUGGACAAAAGGGUAACCUAAUUCAUAGCCAAGUUAUGAAGAUCAAGCAAGAAUCAGAGAAAAUCUAUGAUUGGUCAUUUGAUCAACCUGAAAUAAGACCUGUUCUUAGUGAGAUUUCCCGGCAAAUUUCUCGGUCGCCGUUGGGAAUUUCCGGCCAACCGAUUACAGUUGGUGAUUUGUAG